UCGCCAUUGCUUCCACAGUUAACAUUUUUCCUUAUCAUUGCCUACUAAACAAUCAAUCGCUCACGGCAGGAGGACGCGGUUCUGCUGCGCCAUGCGCUGCACUGUGGCACGAGGCAGUGGGGCGAGUUGGGGAGGAGUGGUCAGCUGAAGAGGACCAACAAGUCGUGCUGUAACCGUUACAUCUUCCUCAGAAGGAAAUUCGUCCAACGCUUUCAGGAAAUUCUCCUGAGAGAACACUUGGGAGGCAGUGCCUUCCCCCAGCACACAGCCCUGGCGGCGCACGACCAGUUGCUGCUGAGGCGUGACGGUCAGCAGCAGCAAUACUCGCACCAGCAGCACAGACAGCAGCACCAGCAGCAGCAGCAGCAGCACCACCAUCCGGAGCAGCAGGCUGGCGUGGGUUCACUCGGGUCAGCAUCGCCUGCUCGUACUUUCGGUGGGCUGUCGUUUGACGAGUGCAGGAGCGUCUUCCUCUCGCCUAAUGCCCGCCGCCCUACAGCCCAGGCGAGCCUUGCGACUGCCUUCUGCGCUGCUGCUGCUGCUGCUUCCGAUGCCGCUGCUCUCUCCACUGCUACUGCUGCCCCACUUGCCGCCACCCCCACUGCUGCUGCUGCUGUCUUCAGUGUUGCCUCUUUCCCCGAUCCCGCUCUUGUCUCCAGUGCUGGGUCAUUCAAUGCCGCUUUUCCCAAUGCUUCCGCUGCCUGCAAGCUGCCCAUGAAGCGAACGAGGGAGGACUACGGCGGGCUUCUGGCGGACCCAUCCCUGUCGGGUCUGGCUGGGAGUGGGUGGGCCAGCCGCACGCUGCACCACUCGCAGUCCUUGGAAGAUCUUUUCCUGCAGCAGGAAGGAGAGAGAAGCGAAGUGCAGGCAGCGCUGUGGGCUCGCGUGGUGUCAGAGAGCGCCCUUCCUGACGAUGUGCUGUUGGGUUUUAGCAGCGAGGACCCUGGCGUCAGCGUGCCUUUUGCAGCACUGCCAGCGCCACUGCCAGCCCCUUUCUCCGCCCAGCCACCACAGGCAGCAGCACUGCCAGCGCCACUGCCCACCCAACUCGCAGCUCCAACUGGUGUUGUUCCCAGGGAAAUUCGCAGCUGCUUGGGAGGGACGCUCUCCAUUGAGAAUGAUUCUGCGGGGCAGGAGAUGCUGGCCUUCAUGGGCGCAUGCAGCACAGUGCCAGAAAUCGACCCUCUGUUUCUCGACACGCAUGUGGCUUACCCGUGCCUGCAUGGGGCUGCCUCCCGUGCCUGCAUGGGGCUGCAUGUAGGCAACCCGUGCCUGUUUCUUGACUCGGCCGUGGCACACCUGUGCCUGCCUACUCCUGCCUCCUACCUGCUCACUGAGGCCAGAGAGGCCAGUGAGGCUAGUGAGCAACAGGGACGGCCGCUGGCAGGCUGCCUUCCUGAGCCAACGCUGCCAGAGUGGGCGCUGGAGCAGGGAGGGACGGGGGAGAAAGGUGGUCAAGAGCACAGGCAUCAGCACCCAGUGGGGCAAGGAGUGGGUGUGGAAGGAGUCAGUCUUCCGCAGAGGCGCCACCAGCAGCAAUUGAAUGGCCAUCAGCAUGUGGAGCUCGAACGCAUUCCCUCGAUGUCAUCGCACCACCAGCCACUGCCAGAGCCACAUCCACAACCACUGUCGGAGCCGCUGCCUCUGGAACAGACAUUGGCGCUGGCACCGUCACAGGCAUUAGAACAGGCAUUGGCGCUGGCAUCGUCACAGGCAUUGGAACAGGCGUUGGGACUGACCGUUACAGGCUUUGGAACAGGCUUUUGCACUGGCACCGUCGCUGGCUCUUGGAGCAACCAAUUCUAACCCCCUAGGAUCACACUACAUGCCCUCUACCCCCAGCGGCUCACACAUGCAUGCUUCCAGAUGACCAGGCCCUGCUCCGCUGCAGAGCCCUAGAUCUCUUCACCAUCUCUUCACCAUCUCGCAUGCCUGCUGCCCCGCCGCACUUACAGCCACGCCAUACCUUGCUGUGGGAGUCCCUAACCCCUUCACCAGCCCUCAUGACCCAGCACCAGCUCCUUGGCCCAGUGCGGCUAAUGCUCUGGGAGGUGAUGAGGCUUCUUUGCAAGCCACAAUAGCUCCUGGCAUCGACCCAAAUGUGCUCGCCUCAACUAAUUUGUUUGACCUUGGUGGAACGACUGACUUCACUCCGGUCCGGAGUAGGGUCGCUGGGAUGGGAGCAUGAUUAUCCAUUGAGAAGCUUUGCAUGCACCCCUCGGCUUUCCAGAUACAGGCAUGUGCCAACCUGAGAUGGCACCAUCCGCACAUACACUCCAGAUUCAUCCGGGUAUUUCAGGGUGACCGAACUGUCAAACAUAUAUUGUGUGUUUCUAUAGGCUAUAUAGGGUUGUACCUUAGGGAGUACAACCCAUUAGGUUACAUUCCCUUGUAUACCUUGUUCUAU